AUGCAAGAUAAAUUACCAAUUAAUUUCUUAAAUUUAGAAAUAGAACCCUUCACUCAAAAAUCUUUCACAGAAAUUAUAAAUGAAUCGUUUAAAAACAAUUUAUCGCAUGUGAUUGCAAAAGUAUUUUUAAAAAAUGAACAAAAACCCGUUAUUUAUGAUGCCAGAAUACUGUGCAAGUACCUAUUUGAGCUGAUAAUCUCACAGGAAGGACGCACUGUCCGGCUUAAGCGCGUAAAUGACCCAAUUAAUGAUAAAAUAAUCAAGGAUAUUUUAUUCUAUGAGAUACCCGUUAGAAGUAAAGAUGGUUUAGAUGGGAAAUACAUUGGAAAUCAGAAGGAUUUCUUGGAAUCAACUAGUUUUAGGUCUAAAAUAUUCAAUAGAAAUGAUCCCUUUGACUCCCUUAGCAUUAAUUUCUUGUUUAAAGAUAAGAAAAAGGUUGGUAGGAGGCCAUUCCUGCUGAUAGGGAUAUCAUUCACAAUAUUGUGCAUUAUAUUCUUAUCAUGCACAUAUACAGUACUGCAUACUAGUAGACUCAUAGACCCAAUUAAGAAAUACUUGAAAUAA